AUUUUUCGUUUUAAUCUCUUCCAAUUGUUCUUCUUCUGCUAAAUCGAAGGAAGCAAAGUGAUGUUUCUCAUUAAUAUCUUGGCCAUAGCUCGGAUUACGGGGAGAGAUUUCGUUCUACAAAAGGAUGACAUCACCUUUGGAUCGUUUCAGUGGUUCCUUUACGCAGGAAUUUCAUGCUUUUUUGUGCUAUUCGCUGGGAUCAUGUCUGGUCUCACACUUGGUUUGAUGUCCCUUGGUCUCGUUGAUCUUGAAAUCCUUCAGAGGAGCGGAACCUCUGCGGAGAAGAAACAAGCUGCUGCUAUCCUUCCAGUUGUUCAAAAGCAACACCAGCUCCUCGUAACUUUGCUUCUAUGCAAUGCUUGCGCCAUGGAGGCCCUUCCUAUAUAUUUGGAUAAGAUAUUCCAUCCAUUUGUUGCUAUUGUGCUAUCAGUAACUUUUGUUCUAGCUUUUGGGGAGGUUAUUCCACAAGCAAUAUGCACAAGAUAUGGACUCGCUGUAGGUGCAAAUUUUGUAUGGCUUGUGCGUAUUCUGAUGAUAGUGUGCUAUCCUAUUUCUUAUCCUAUUGGGAAGGUUUUGGAUUGCGUACUGGGACAUAAUGAAGCACUGUUUAGGAGGGCUCAAUUGAAAGCCCUUGUUUCUAUUCACAGCCAGGAGGCUGGCAAAGGAGGUGAGCUGACUCAUGAUGAGACAACUAUUAUCAGUGGAGCUCUAGAUUUAACUGAAAAGACUGCUGAGGAGGCUAUGACGCCAAUUGAAUCAACAUUUUCUUUGGAUGUCAAUUCAAAAUUAGACUGGGAAGCAAUUGGAAAAAUUCUAGCUCGAGGCCAUAGUAGGGUUCCUGUCUAUUCUGGAAAUCCGAGAAACAUUAUUGGACUCCUACUGGUGAAAAGUCUUCUGACAGUACGGGCUGAAACGGAGACCCCAGUCAGUGCUGUUUCCAUUAGAAGGAUUCCACGGGUUCCUGCAGAUAUGCCUCUUUAUGAUAUCCUGAACGAGUUUCAAAAAGGAAGCAGUCACAUGGCAGCUGUUGUGAAGGCUAAAGGGAAAAGUAAAAAUCCCCCACCUGUUGGUGAUGGAGAACAACGUGAAGAAAACAAAUCCAUUGGCGGGGAGUCCAAAUUAACUACUCCUUUGCUCAAUAAGCAGGAUGAAAAAUCAGAAAGCAUAGUUGUUGACAUCGAAAAGGCUCCUCUAAGGUCAGUGAAGAUAAACAGGCAGCAAAAAGAUGCAUCAACCAACGGAUUGCCCCGCCUGUCAGAGGAUAUUGAAGAUGGAGAAGUCAUUGGAAUCAUCACCCUGGAGGAUGUAUUUGAAGAACUUCUUCAAGAGGAGAUUGUAGAUGAAACUGAUGAAUAUGUUGAUGUACAUAAAAGGAUACGUGUGGCUGCAGCAGCUGCUGCUUCAUCAGUGGCACGGGCCCCAUCGACUCGGAGAUUAACUGGUCACAAGGGAGCAGGAGGCCAAGCUAAGCAAGGACAAACACCAAAGAAAUCAACAGAGGAUGAUCCAAACUCAACAAAAUUACAAGGGAGUCUUGGGGAGCCUCUUGUUGUGAGCAAACGAUGAUUAUGUAACACAGUUAGAGUUAGCGUCUGCUUGGGUAAGGACAUCUCAAAGAGGUGAAAUCAGUUGUCUUCUCCAUACUGAGAGAGCUACUGUAAUUUAUUGUAAAACGAUGGACAAAAUUCUUAUGCACAUAAUUUUUGUUAAUUUUAUCUUCUUGGUUUUCUCAAUGUUUGGAACCUUGAGAUCUGGAAAUGAGAGUUAUUUAUUUGGUUUGGUUUUAGGGAUCACAUCAAUUUGGACAUCCUGAUCUU